UUGGAGAUCUUAACCUCCGAACCCACGUGGCUUUUCUCUAAGGUGGAGGUGACUCUGCCUGCAGUUGCUAUGAGGGUUAAGUGGAAGAGCCAAUGUGACAGUGCCUUGACAGUGAAGCAACACCUAGGAAGGUGGCAUUAGUUGCUGCUGGUCUGCCCCUCCUGUAGGAGUGGGUUGGCUCUAGGCUCUGGUCCCGCAGGCCAGGCCCUCAUGAUCAAGGUGUGUGUGGAAGUCCAGCCAAUGCUGCCCGAGUGGGUGUCAAAGCAGGAUUUCUGACAAAUUUAGAUGAUGAGCAUAUGUCAGGGUUUAGUGAACCAGAGAGAAAAGGGAACCAUUUCCUUGUGUGUCAGGAUGACCCAGGGCUCGUCCCACAAGUUCCAGUGAGGAACCGGGUGAGUGCAGGUCUGCUUUCUCUCCAGCUGGGAGUAUUCUUUGUUCUCAGUGAGCAUGGCUGGCCCCUGGUCAAGGUAGCCCCGCAUUGUCUGGUGCUCCUUGUCAGCUGGCUUUGGCACUGCACUCUGGCUUCCCAAGAUCCUUGUCUUGAAACAACCCUGUAAUUCCUGCAGAGGUCCCUGAGGGAGGCAGAUGGAUAAGAUCUCUCUGUGACUAAUGGACAUGGUCCCAUGCAGUGAUGCUUCGCUAGGGGGUGCUGUGGGGCCCCAGAGAGGCUGAGCCCCAGGAGCCGUGAUCAGAGGGAGGUGGCCGACUGCCCUGACUCCCUCUGCUGUCCUGGUACCCCAGGCUAGACAAGGCAGUCUGGAGUCUACCUCUCCCCACGGCUGGCAGGACCUGUUCACAGGUAUUCCUGGGGGCACGGGCCUGUCAUGGGUACCCCUGUUUGGUUUUCAGGCCCCACACUGGCACUAGUUGGGCAGGGUUUCUAAGCAUCCAGCAGGUGGCACUGCCAUCCAGCCAGAGGAAGCAGCCAGCAGGUGCUUUGUGUAACCCAUUUGCCUGGCUGGGACCCGAGCUUUUAGGCAGCCUGAACAGGCUCCUCCCUGCUCCCCUACCCUUGAGGCACUGUGCCCUGGGCUCUAGUAUGCCAGUAGUUGGGGGCAGGGCUACUUUGCUCCCUGUCCUGGCUUCCCCUGCUCCCUGGGGCUGCCUGAGGUGAAGGUGACAGGUGGGGGAGGCAGGUGAAGAAUUGGGCCAGUGAGCUCAUGACAAAGGCACCCAGAGCUCUCUGAUGAGCUCUCUGGCCUAUAUAGCCCCCAGUGCCUUCUGCCUGCAGAGGGAGGCAGUUAUGGACGGCACCAUGGAGGGCCCACUGGAGAGCUCCGAGGCGGUGCAGAAGGCCACAGCACUCAUCGAGCAGCGGCUGGCACAGGAGGAGGAGAGUGAGAAACUGCGGGGAGCCGCCCAGGGGAAGCUGCCCAUGGACAUGCUGGUGCUAGAGGACGAGAAGCACCUCGGUGCCCAGAAUCUGGCUUUGCAAAAGGUUAAGGGCCAAGAGCGCGUGCGUAAGACAUCCCUGGACCUGCGGCGGGAGAUCAUCGAUGUGGGCGGGAUCCAGAACCUCAUCGAGCUGCGGAAAAAACGCAAGCAGAAGAAGCGGGAAGCCUUGGCUGCAGCCCACGAGCCGCCUCCAGAGCCAGAGGAGAUCACCGGCCCCGUGGAUAAGGAGACAUUCCUGAAAGCUGCAGUGGAGGGGAAAAUGAAGGUCAUUGAGAAGUUCCUUGCAGAUGGGGGUUCAGCUGACACCUGCGAUGAGUUCCGUCGGACAGCACUGCACAGAGCUUCCCUGGAGGGCCACAUGGAGAUACUAGAGAAGCUUCUGGAAAGUGGGGCCACCGUGGACUUCCAGGACCGGCUGGACUGCACAGCCAUGCAUUGGGCCUGCCGCGGAGGCCACUUGGAAGUGGUGAAACUUCUGCAAAGCCGAGGAGCAGACACCAAUGUGCGGGAUAAGCUGCUGAGCACUCCCUUGCACGUGGCGGUCCGCACGGGGCACGUGGAGAUUGUGGAACAUUUCCUAUCCCUGGGCUUGGAUAUCAAUGCCAGAGACAGAGAAGGGGACAGUGCCCUACAUGAUGCUGUGAGGCUCAACCGCUACAAAAUCAUCAAACUGCUGAUCCUGCAUGGAGCUGAUAUGAUGUGCAAGAACCUGGCAGGAAAGACCCCCACGGACCUGGUGCAGUUAUGGCAGGCAGAUACCCGGCACGCCCUGGAACACCUGGACCCUGGCUCAGAGCAGAACGGACUAGAGGGGCCUGGGAGUGGGCGCCAGACUCCCCAGCCUGUGCCAGCCCAAUAAAUGCCUGCCACAGCCCAGCCAGGCACCUGGCUCCUCUCAUGUGCAGCCAGAUGGUCACAGAAUGGCCCCAAGAGCUAACUGAGGACCCAGCCACCUCCUGCAUAAUCCGGGAGCACUCAUGAACGAUUACAAUAAAAAAGUUCAUUUUGCUA